UGUAGAUAAGCGCAUAUCAUGAGGGAUGAAUGAAAAAAUAUAUCGCUUAAUCUAUUUAGUGACACAUUCAAGUGUACGAUCCGUUAUGAUAAGGCGGAAACAAAUGUAACAAUUUUGUAUAUUUUUGGCGACGUAAACGGCAAAAUGGCUAAUCAAAAAUUAAUGUUGGGAGACUACAUAUGGGCGAAACAACUAUCCGGAGACGAGUUUGAUAUCCCGAUAGGUGGUAAAAUAGUUGCAGUAGAAUCCAGCAGAGUGAAGAUUCAAGAUGACGACCAAAAGGAAAUGUAUAUUUCCAAUCAACAGGUGCUCAAAAAUAUGCACGUGUCCUCGAUCAAGGGAGUUGAAGAUAUGAUCAACCUUGGAGAUCUUCAGGAAUAUGCAAUCCUAAGAAAUCUUCAUAAAAGAUAUAAGGAAAAGUUGAUUUAUACAUAUACGGGUUCUAUGUUAAUAGCUAUCAAUCCCUAUGAGCUCCUUCCAAUCUAUACAAAUGCUCUAAUAAAAGAAUACAGAAACCAAAAUACCGAAGACCUGUUACCGCAUAUCUUUGCUAUCGGAGAUAACAGCUACUCCAAUCUUAAGAACAGUGCCAAGGAUCAAUGCAUAGUUAUAAGUGGAGAAAGUGGUGCCGGAAAAACAGAGAGCACCAAGUUAAUCCUCCAGUACCUGGCAUCGGCUAGUGGUCAGCACUCGUGGGUAGAGCAGCAGAUCUUGGAGGCCAAUCCUAUUUUGGAAGCAUUUGGAAAUGCUAAGACAGUCAGAAAUGACAACUCCUCGCGAUUUGGAAAGUACAUUGACAUAAAAUUCAAUAAGAAUGGAAACAUUGAGGGAGCUAAAAUCGAGCAGUAUUUAUUGGAGAAGAGUAGGAUUGUAUCUCAGAAUGAAGGAGAGAGGAACUAUCAUAUAUUCUACAGUAUGCUUGCCGGACUACCAAAGGAGAAAAAAAAGCAGUUGGACCUACUAGACGCAAACAACUACGAAUAUCUAAGGGGCGGAAAAGUUUUAACAUGUGAUGGUAGAAACGAGGCAUCGGAAUUUUCAGACAUCAUGGCCGCAUUCAAAGUUCUCAAUUUCACGGAGAAAGAAAUGUCAGACAUAUGGUGCCUCCUUUCGUCAAUUUUGCAUGUGGGUAACAUAAGGUUCAGAAGUGGUGCUUCAAGUCAUUCAGAGACUUCCGAAAUUGCUGAUCAGGGUUUAAACGAAAAAAUAUCAAAACUGCUAGGUGUAAAUAAGUUUGACCUGACCGUAGCAUUGACCAAAAGGACAAUCUAUGCGAGUGGAGAUCAAGUGGUAGCAAAUCUGUCUAAAGAAUUUGCUUCAGAUUCGAGAAAUGCCUUUGCUAAAGGAAUAUAUGGACAACUGUUCAUAUUCAUUGUUGACAAAAUCAAUUCGGCGAUUUCGCAAGUAAAAGGGAGAGGUAGAGGAAGUAUAGGUGUACUGGAUAUAUUCGGAUUUGAGAACUUCAACCUCAACAGCUUCGAGCAGCUGUGCAUCAACUACGCUAACGAGAGCCUCCAGCAAUUUUUUGUCCAACACAUCUUCAAAAUGGAGCAGGAAUAUUAUACCAAGGAAGGAAUCAAUUGGUCCAAUAUCUCUUUCAUCGACAACCAACAAGUGCUAAACCUUUUGGCGGUGAAACCCUUGAACGUAUUUGCAUUGAUUGAUGAGGAAUCCAAAUUUCCAAAUGGCACGGACUUUUCUAUGUUGAGCAAGAUGCACAAGCAGCAUAGUAGUCAUGAAAGUUACUUAAAACCGAAGUCUGACAUGACGCCAUCGUUUGGCAUUCAACACUUUGCUGGGGGUGUAUUCUAUGACACUCCAGGGUUUUUGGAGAAGAAUCGCGACUCCUUUAGCCAGGAUCUGAAAAAUCUGGUAUUGUCAUCUAGGAACGACCUAUUGAAAGACAUAUUCAAGUCAGAGCAAAACGCAAAAAUGAAGAAAACGUUGUCCUCACAAUUCAGAACAUCCCUGGAAAUGCUCAUGAAUGCUUUGAAUGCUUGCCAUCCAUUUUUCGUUCGUUGUAUUAAACCGAACGAAUUUAAAAAACCUCAGAUAUUUGACCGAGCUCUCUGCACUCGCCAGUUGCGGUAUUCAGGCAUGAUGGAAACAGCCAAGAUACGUCAAGCUGGGUAUCCAAUUCGAUACUCCUACAUCGAGUUCGUGGAUAGGUUUAGGUAUCUGGCUAAGGGCAUCCCUCCAUCCACCAAAGGAGGCUGUCGAAGUUCUGCGGAGAACAUUUGUAAAGCGGUCUUGGAGAAAAGGUCCGAUUAUCAAUUUGGCAAUACCAAGGUGUUCUUGAAACAUCAGGAUAACGAGAAGUUGGAGGAGCUUCGGAGAAGUAUAUUGGAUAGUUCUAUUUUGGUACUACAAAAAGCAAUUAAAGGGUGGAUAUGCAGAAGGCGCUAUCUGAAACUAAGAAAAGCAGCCAUUAUAAUACAGAAGCAUUACCGAGCUAGGGGAUACAGAAGUAGGUACCUGGUUAUGAGAAAUGGCUUCCAGCGUCUUCAAGCCUCAAUUCUAUCCGGCAAACUGCGUUAUGAAUUCAACAAAACUCGAAAUAAAAUCAUCAAGCUCCAAGCCGUAUCUAAAGGCUAUCUGGAACGUAAACACGGCCAACUGGGCCGAAUUUCAUCUAUCAUACGACAAAGGAAACUAGAUGAAAUCGAAUUAAAGACUCAUGGAAUUAAAAAUUAUAAAUUUGAGGCUACUAGACUGAUGCAGGAGAGACUGGCCGAGGUAAACAAAGAAUAUGCGAUAAGGUUGAAGAAACUGGAGGAAGAAAAUGAACGAGCAAGAAAAAUGGUUGAUCAAGAAUUCGACUUUCUUGAUGAUACUUCCUUGCUGAUUGGUGAUACGGAAACCAUUUCUUCACCUGUCAUUGAUAUUCCUGGUGUUCCAAUUGGUGAUAAUAAAGACAUCGAUCUAUUGGACUUGCAGGAAUAUUCGUUUCGCAAGUUCGCCGCCACGUACUUCAUAAGCAGCCUGAACUACCAGCAUCAGAAAAAGCCCCCAAAAGAUGCCCUUCUGCAGCUGCCUACCCCAGACGAUGUCUUGGCAUCUCAAGCCCUUUACAUCACCAUCAUGCGCUUCAUGGGCGACUAUCCUGAGAGUAACGAAUCUGCAUCUGACAACGAUCGAACUCCUGUGAUGAGUAAGAUUUCGCAGACGAUUGGAAGGAGUUUCACGAACAGGAAGGAAUAUCAGGAGAUUCUAAGAGAUGAAAAGAAGAAGCUAACCAUGAAAAAAUCCGAUAAGCAACGUCUUAUAAGCAUGACUUUAAAACGCAAAACCAAACUGCUGGAUGAUGUCCGUCGGGGCCUAGUCGAAGAUACUCACGCAGCUGACACGUACAAGGAAUGGACCAAUAAAAGAACAGGAAAUCUGGAGAAACUGCACUUUAUCACUGGUCAUGGUAUAUUAAGGACAGAGCUCAGAGACGAGAUUUAUGCCAUUAUCUGCAAGCAGUUAACUGGGAACCAUAUUAAAGCAUCUUAUGCUAGAGGAUGGGUCCUUUUAACCCUAUGCGUCGGCUGUUUCCCACCGUCCGAAAAAAUGAUCAACUACUUAAAGGCUUUCAUAAAAACAGGACCUCCUGGCUAUGCACCUUACUGUGAAGGGAAACUGAACAGAACACUUCAGAACGGUGCUAGAAGUCAACCGUCUAGUUGGCUGGAACUUAUAGCUUCUAAGAAUAAGGAGAGCAUUUCUUUGCAGGUAUCUAUUCCAGAUGGAGGCGAACAAAUCGUUUUAGUGGACUCAGCUACGACAUCACAAGAAAUGUUGAAGGAGCUAGCAGCAUCCUUGAAUUUAAAGGAUACGUUUGGUUUUUCUCUAUUUAUUACUCUGUACGAUAAAGUGAUGUCUUUAGGUAGCGAAAAAGAUCAUGUUAUAGAUGCUAUUUCUCAGUGUGAACAGUAUACUAAAGAACUGGGCUACCACGAGAAAAGUUCUCCAUGGUCAAUAUUCCUACGUAAAGAGAUUUUCACUCCAUGGCAUGACCCCUGCCAUGACCCUGAGGCAACUCGCCUGAUCUAUCGACAAGUGGUACGAGGUUUGAAAAAUGGAGAGUACCGAUGUCCAACAGCAGCCGACGUAGCUUCGCUUAUAGCUGUUCAGUACUACGUGGAUAACGGGCCAAAGAUGCAAAAGGCUGUGUUGCAGUCGAGGAUUGGGGAGUACAUACCUACUUAUCUGCUGAAACAGUCUGAAAACCCUUCCGAGUGGGAAAUAAAAAUAAUGGCAGCUUUCUCUAAUCUUAUUUGCGUCCGUGAGAAAUUAGAAGCUGUAAAAGCCAUGGAGUUCAUCGUAAAAUAUGCUCACGCUACAUGGGUCAUAUUGUUCUCAAGAUUCUUCGAGGGUAUGCAGGUCUCAGGACCAGAACUUCCCAAAAAGACAGUUAUAAUAGCCGUCAACAGCAAUGGCAUAUUCAUGAUUGAUGAUCAAGAGCAAAUACUAAUGGAAUUAUCUUUUGCUGAAGUAACUCUAGUUACUUCCGAAACCAGUCCACAAAUAAAAGUUGUCAUCAAUACUGUAAGGAAGGAAGAAUAUGCGUUUGUUUCAAUGGAUGCGCAAAAUAUCUGCAAUUUAAUCCAAUAUAUUCUUGAUGGAUUGAGAAAAAGAUCAAUCUAUUGUGUGGCUAUACAAGACUACAAACAUCCUACAGGGGCAGAGUCAUUUUUGGUUCUCAAAAAAGGGGACCUUAUUGUUUUGAAGAACGAUUUAAAUGGUGGAAAACUGAAGACAGCCACUUGGGGACAUGGGGAAUGUAAUGGAAAAACUGGUGACUUCCCUACAGAAGCAAUCUACGUUCUUCCCACUCUAGAGCCUCCUCCAGCAGAUAUAUUGACCUCCUUUAAAAAAGAUGGGAUAGUGACUGACAAACCGAUAGCCAAAUCAACGGUUACAACAAUGCAACGCAUGAGAAUGCAUACCUUAGCAUCUUAUGCCGAAGAACACUUCAGAGCUGGUAGAAGGCUGACCACGGCACAGAGAGGGUCUAUGCUGGUACCCGCUAGGAGAAUGUCCAAAGAGGAGUUGUGGAAGUAUUCAAAUGAACCCAUCCGCCAACCGCUCUUACAAAAGGUUCUGACUGAUGAUAACGCCAGCAAGGAGGCGUGCAGAAUAUUCACGGCUAUUUUGAAGUACAUGGGAGAUCUGCCUGCACCUAGUGCAAGAUACAGUAACGAAUACACUGAUGAGAUUUUCGCAGGGGCUUUAAAGAACGAUUUGCUUAAAGACGAGGUGUACUGCCAAAUAAUGAAACAAUUGACAUUCAAUCGUCUGUCAGUGAGUGAAGAGCGUGGCUGGGAGUUGCUAUAUCUUAUGACCGGCUUAUGUAUUCCAAGUGUCAACUUGCUUGUAGAGCUGCAAAACUUCCUCAAGACACGGACCCAUCCAUUCGUAGAACACUGUUUGCAGAGACUCCAAAGGACUCAAAAGGUCGGUCCCAGGAAGCUACCUCCAUACUCCGUUGAAGUAGAAGCAAUCCAACACAAGAGCAUGGAAGUCUUCCACAAAAUCUACUUCCCAGAUGACAGUGACGAAGCUUUUGAGGUAGAUUCCAUGACCAGAGCGAUAGAUUUGUGCAAAGUUAUUGUAUCCAGACUCGAUCUCAAGUCCAUGGAUGGAUUCAGUUUGUUUGUAGCGAUAUCAGAUAGGGUAUUUUCUAUUCCGUACAAUACCUUCUUCUAUGACUUCUUGAGUGAACUUAUCAACUGGAUAAGAGCUACCAAGCCUAGCUGGGGAAGUGCAGCUCAAAUUACAGCAAACUACCAAAUAUUUUUCAUGAAGAAACUUUGGGUAAACACUGUACCUGAAAGGGACCCAAAUGCAGAUCAUAUAUUCCAUUACCAUCAAGAAUUGCCGAAGUAUUUGAAAGGGUACCACAAGCUAACUAAACAAGAUGCUAUCAAUCUAGCAGCACUGAUUUUGAGAGCACGAUUUGAGGACAACCUCCAAGAAGUCCAAAGCAUACUCGCUCACAGCUUGAAAGACAUCAUUCCUGCUGAUAUAAUCAAAGCAGCCAGCUCUUCUGAAUGGAAAAAGCAAAUAUUUGCAAAGUACGGAAACACGCCAACGUCCAGAGAACAUGCAAAAACUGAGUUUUUGAAAAUAAUACACAAAUGGCCAACAUUUGGAUCAACUUUCUUUGAAGUUAAACAAACCACUGAGCCUACCUAUCCCGAGGUUAUCCUCAUUGCAAUCAACAGAAGAGGGGUUAAUAUUAUACAUCCACUGACAAAGGAUAUUCUUGCUACCCACGAAUACCCCGAACUGAGCAACUGGUCUUCAGGGAACACUUAUUUCCACCUCACCAUCGGCAAUAUUAUGAAAAAGACGAAACUGCUUUGUGAGACUUCGCAAGGGUACAAGAUGGACGACCUGAUCACAUCGUACACGGAUUUUUUCAGAAACGAAAGCUCCAAAAAAUGAAAAAUUCUACUAGUUUUUGUUAAUACAAUGAAGAUGUUUGAAAUAUGAAAAUAGUUUAUUUAAGAACUGAAUAAAGCAUACAUAUUUCUUUGUUA